AUGGUCAGAGUGGCAGUCAUCUCAGCCAAUUGGCUGGUAUUUGUGGCCAAUCUUCUCAUUCCAAUUGCCAUUCUGGUCUUUUCUCUGGGGUUCUUCCCAUAUAAACCGCUGCUUUCCGGCCUUGCAACAUUUGAAGAGCCUCAUAAUGCGCCUCCCAAGAUCUUCAAUAAGGUUGUUUUCAUGGUGGUGGAUGCUCUACGGAGCGACUUUGUUUAUUCGAACAAUUCCGGCUUCUUGUUUACUCAAAGCCUCAUUCGAUCCGGUGCCGCUGUUCCCUUUACUGCCUAUGCAGGCUCCCCAACUGUCACGAUGCCUCGUCUGAAGGCUAUAACGACGGGAUCAGUACCGUCUUUCCUUGAUGUGAUCCUGAAUAUUGCCGAGUCUGAUACCUCGUCAACUCUCGCGCAUCAGGAUACCUGGUUGGCUCAAAUAAAGGCAAAAAAUGAGCGGCUUAUAAUGUAUGGGGACGAUACUUGGCUGAAGCUGUUCCCUGGGAUGUUUAGUAGAGCAGAUGGGACAACAAGCUUCUUUGUAUCCGACUUUACUGAAGUAGACGCGAACGUCACUCGACAUGUCCCCAGUGAACUUGCUCGAAAUGACUGGUCGGCACUAAUAAUGCAUUACUUGGGUCUAGAUCACAUUGGGCACAAAGCUGGACCGCAGAGUUCAUACAUGAUACCAAAGCAGCAUGAAAUGGACUCGAUAGUCACGCAAGUAUACCAAGCCAUGGAGCAAGAGGCUCAUUUGCAAUCAACUCUCUUUGUCUUAUGCGGCGAUCAUGGAAUGAACGAUGCUGGGAAUCACGGUGGCUCCUCUGCCGGCGAAACCUCACCAGCCCUGCUUUUCAUAUCACCAAGAUUUCAAGGCCUAGGUACGGGUAGACGGAGCCCCGUAGAUGCUUCGCGUGACCUCCAGUACUAUCGUGUUGUGGAUCAAACUGACAUCACGCCGACCCUGGCUGGCCUUCUUGGUUUACCAAUACCUCUGAACAGCCUUGGCGUGUUCAUCCCCGAGUUCUUGGAUAUGUGGCAUCUUGGUUCCGAUAGGUUAAAUUUGCUCCUUGAGAAUUCAAUGCAGUUGCUGAGGACGCUCAAGCAAACCUAUCCGAACUACAGCUUCGAAGACAAUACAUGUCAUUUGAAGCCACAAAAUAGCCUUGGAAAAGCCCACUGUGCGUGGAGUCAGGCUCGAGAGCUGCUCGACCGACACGAUGAAGCCAAUGGUAGUGCUCACCAGACUGAGCUUGAGACCACCUUGUUGCGGUUCCUCUGGGCUUCCCAGGACGUAAUGAGCAGCGCUGCCAGCAACUAUGAUCUCAGGUAUCUUUGCCUAGCCAUAUGCAUCGCUGGCCUCGCCAUUUUGUUAUUACUGCCUACCAGUUACGAGGCCUUGCGGCGAUACCAACAGCCCGGCUUGUUUCUGGUGGCAAGCAUCUUCAGCUACGGCGCCAUGAUGUUUGCUAGCAGCUACGUGGAAGAGGAGCAGCAGUUUUGGUACUGGUCAUUCACGGGUUGGGCGUUUUACCUCCAUGUUAGAUCGUGUCAAUUCCGACGGGGCACUUCACCAGCUGGGAGCCAACGGAUAUCCCAUUCUUUACUCAGGAUAUAUGGUGCGGCUGCUCUCACAAUAUGUCACCGUAUCUUGCGACGGUGGAACCAAACUGGCCAAAAAUUUGCUACUGAGCCUGACAUUGCUCGCACAUACUUUCCGAACCAUCAAGGAGCACUAUGGGCGCUCGUGAUGGUGGCAUAUGCGGACAUUUACUUGUACCUCAUUCAAAGCUCGUCUCCUUCACCUUUAUGGUAUCUGACUUGCCUGGUAGUCACAGUUGUGGCUUUCACGUACAAAUUGGCUUUUGCUGCGAUCGAAUCUCCUGAGCUUAUCACUGAGUUCGUUCCUAGUCGUAUAGCCACUGCCCUCAAGGGAGUACCGUUGGUCCUAUACGCGCGACUCGUCAUGUUUGGUAUUCUCAUUCUUUGGGCCAUUGGCGCAAAGUUUAGAAGGAAAGGAGCGUCGCCGGGUACAGUGGCCCACGAGGCUCUGACUCUGUUCCUCGUGACUCAGUCGAGAGUCCCAAAUAUUCCAAUGUUCCUUGCUCUCAGACUGCAACUCCAGAUUCUGGCGUCAUUCAACUUGACUUCAGUUGAAAUCACCGUGACAUCCCUGUUCAUGCAGUACGUCACUUUUUUCGCAUUUGGUGGCUCGAAUGCUAUAUCUUCUAUCGACCUCUCCAACGCAUACAACGGCGUCGGCAACUAUAACAUCAUUCUAGUUGGUAUCUUGACGUAUGUCGGCAAUUGGGCUGGUCCCAUAUGGUGGGUGUCGGCAUCCAAGCUCCUCAGAUCUAGGAGGCCUUGGGACGAACGCCAAUCGCACAUACCCCUUCUAUCUUUUUGUGUCGCAUGCACACUGCUGUCUGUUAUGGUUGCGUGCACCGUCUUGCGGACGCAUCUAUUCAUUUGGACAGUCUUUUCACCCAAAUAUCUUUACACCAUAUCUUGGGCCAUUAUACACCACUUUGCAGUGAAUCUUCUUUGGGAAAUUGAUCUAUUUUUCGCUGAUGCUUCAUAG